GCAGUUGCGCGGACAGCUUGAAAUAAACUGUCCAAAACUAAUUAGCUGACAAGCCAAGGCAAAAAGCAAAAACAAAAUACAGAAAAAUCUAAUUUGAUUUUUCUUCACACUUUGGCAAAAUGAGGUUCAACUCUGCAUUGAUUUUAUUGGGCGCCGCAGUGAUUGGCUUUGCCGCUGCCACCGAUGUGAGGCCAUGCCCGAAAUCCAAAGCACGUGCUCUGGGCCCCGAUGAGGUCACCAUAUCGAACUGUCCCAAGAACAAGUGCAUUCUGAAGCGCAACUCCGAGGCCAGCAUCACGAUGAAGAUCAAGCCGGAGCGUGACUUUGCCGAGCUCACCUCCGAUAUACAGGGCAUCAUCCUGGAUGUGCCGCUGCCCUUCCCCGGCUACUAUGGCACCAGCGCCUGCCCGCACAUCUACGACGCUUCGGGCGAGAACAAGGUGGGCUGCCCGCUGAAGGCCGGCGAGACGUAUACGUACAAGAACAGCUUCAAGAUACUGCCCGUCUAUCCGACGGUCAGUCUGGAGAUCCAUUGGGGCCUCGGCGACAAGGAGGGCGAUGCCGCCUGCUUCCAGAUACCCGCCAAAAUCAAGGCUUAGACGGAGAUCAGAUUGCUUUGCACUUUAGUUCAUAAGCUUUAUUUGUUACUAUUAAAACGUGUUGUAUGUAUAGAAUAAUAGUUACUUUACUUUCGGUUAAGUACAAUUUAAAUUGAUUAUGAAUUUGAA